GGCGCUCGCGCUUCUGCCCCUGCAGUCGACCGUGUGUGAGAAGAUCAUGGAGCUGCUGGGACAGAACGAGGUGGACCACCGGCAGCGGAAGCUGGUCAUCCUGAGCCAGGACAGGUUCUACAAGGUCCUGACGACAGAGCAGAAGGCCAAGGCCUUGAAGGGACAGUACAACUUCGACCACCCAGAUGCUUUUGACAAUGACCUGAUGCACAGGACUCUGAAGAACAUCGUGGAAGGCAAAACUGUCGAGGUUCCAACCUAUGAUUUUGUGACCCAUUCCAGGCUACCGGAGACCACGGUGGUGUACCCUGCAGAUGUGGUCCUGUUCGAGGGCAUCCUGGUGUUCUACAGCCAGGAGAUCCGCGACAUGUUCCACCUGCGCCUCUUCGUGGACACAGACUCCGACGUCAGGCUGUCUCGCAGAGUUCUCCGGGAUGUGCACCGAGGACGGGACCUGGAGCAGAUUCUGACCCAGUACACCACCUUCGUCAAGCCGGCCUUCGAGGAGUUCUGCCUGCCGACAAAGAAGUAUGCUGAUGUGAUCAUCCCUCGAGGGGUUGACAACAUGGUCGCCAUCAACCUGAUCGUGCAGCACAUCCAGGACAUUCUGAACGGCGACAUCUGCAGGUGGCACCGAGCUGGGCCCAACGGGCGCAGCUGCAAGAGGACCUUUUCGGAGCCAGGAGACUGCCCUGGGGUGCUGGCCUCUGGCAAGCGGUCACACCUGGAGUCCAGCAGCAGACCCCACUGAGGGCUGUGGGGUGCCAUCCCCGGGGCUCAGGCAGGGGCAUCUAGGGAUGGCCAGGAGGCCCCACCUGCCCCGACGACGCACCCAGGGCUCCCUCUGGGCGUGUUCCUGGGCGUGAAAGGAGGGCGCGUCCUUCAGGCUCAGCGGGAGGAGAGGCCCGUGGGCGCUCCCGAGCCUUUCCGCUUCCCAGCCUCUGGUCACUGAGAUGCCACCGGAUCUGUAGUGAGCCCACGAUGCUUCUGGAAGGGGCACAGGUCACAUCUGCUGGGAACAUUGAGGAACUGCCUGGAGGCUGGCCAGCCGGGUGGCUUUUUUGAGUAUGACCCAGUGAGAUUUGCUUUCCAGUCUGAAAUAAGUUUUGUGAGACUGUGCUCCCUGUUCCCCUGUUGUCACAGGCCCUCGUGUUUUCUAUCUUUUUCUAACUCAAGGCUGGUUGAGACGCAUCAGCCUAAUCUCACGACCCACCGAUGGGUCACAGGCCUGGUCGCAAGCACUCAUGUGAGGAGCCAUGGACGUUCUCCUCCUUGCCUGCCUCAAAGGCGGGGACCCUGGGCAGCCCGCACCACCCUGGGCAGCCAGCAGCCAGGCCCUGUGUCCGCGCACAGCCCUGCCUGGAGCUUCGCCCUCCGUGGUGCGGGAGCCCAGGGUGCCGUCAAAGGACAGGCCGCCCAUCCCCCAUGAGCUGGCCACGGCCAGGGCGUGGUGCCGCUAGCCAAGGCACGUGCUGACUGUCCCGGGCCUAGCGAGUCUCCCCGGCGUCGGGCAGGGCGCACCACCUCACGCGAGCACCUGUGUCUGUCAUCUUCCCUCCCACACGAAAGCCCCUGUAAGAGCGUCCCCUGCCAACGCCACAGGCAGCUCAGGCCUCUCCGUCCAGUCCAACUUGCCGCGGCGACAUAGGGGGCCAGGAGCUGGUCUGAGGGGGGCUCUGGCUGGUUUCUGGUAACCGUGUAGCAGUUUCCUCGAGCUUGGGCCCUUCUGGAGGGAGAAUCAAUAAACAACACCAACUAUG